AUUAAUCAAUUGAGUACAUAUUAAUGAACUACUACAUUUAAGUAUGUGUUAUGGCUAUGAUUUGUGUAUCUUUAACCAUUUCAGUGUACUUCAUAAAUAACACCAAAGUUGCACCUGCUGUUUAGAAAGUGCUUCUUGUACUUUAUUUCUACUUAAUGCACUCUUCACAGAGUAAAACCUACUCUGCCCUAAACUGUAAGCUAGGAAUAGUGGGUACUAGUUCAAAACCUGGGUAAGUCACUGCUGUUACAGUAUAUCUUUGAACGAGGUGCUUGCUUCAGUAAUAUGCUCUCCUGUAUAAAUAGAAACAAAUAUGAAUAAUAAUUUUCAAAAAGAAAUUAAUGUUUUUAACUUUACUUUCCUUCCCAUACAUCUUUAGGUGGGUAGGUUUUAUAUCUAUCAUUUUACUUUCCCUUGCCUACUUCAGCAUCAUUUUUUGCCACCUUGAAUUAAAUUGUUUUUUCAUGAACUUGGUAUUUCUUAUGGACUGAAGUGAAGAAAGACUGUUUGUUCUAUCAAUCAUUUUGUUGUGUAUCAAUCUCAACAAGAGCAACAAAGCCUAAGAAAAUUAAUAAAUAACUCAGAGAAGUACCUGCAGACAUAUUACAAAGAUGUAGUCAUUUAUUAAUUGCUUUGCAAUCCUCCGCUGUUUAUACAUUAACAAAUAAAUCACCAUAGUAAUGAGAUGGCAUUCUUGAGAAAAUAGGAUUCUUCCCUGAAUGUAAAUUUCAGAGCAGACUGCAAAGUAGUAAAUGAAACCUGUGGGCUGGCAGCACACAUCUGUCUUUUUCAGUAUUAUUUGAACUUGACUGAGGUAGAAGCGGAAAUAUUUCUCAGUAAGGUUCUAAAAACAAGGACGGUUAUUCAGCAACAUAAGAAGAAGGAAAACAGCAGGUGUUUCCAAUGUUUUUACAUGAAUAUUUGCAGCAAAUCAUCUGUAAUCUUCAGGCUAACUGAUGCUCAUUUCUACAAAUUCAGUGAUCACACUGCAGGCCAGGACCUGGUUUCCUGUUUUGAAUAGCAAUAAAGGGACCGUUUGGAAAAAGGAUUAGCUUCUGAUCCUUUCUAAGACUUGUUUUCAGUGACCCAGGGCUUGUUAGUUCACAUCCCUGUUGACUUUCAGGAGCUGUGAAUAUCAGAGUACUUGGUUUUUCAUCAAAACUGAACCAGAAACCACUAUGGAUGAGAAUGAAGACAGGAGAAGCCCCUUCUAUAUCAAGGAAAAAAACAUGGAGCUUCUCCACGGCAGGACGGCGAAUUCCUUUGAGCACUGUUACAGAAAGAAGAGAGUGAAAUCUCCCCUCAGAGACACCUCACCUGUGCCCUCUCAUUACUCUGAACCUGUUUUUCUGAGAUCCUACAAGGGCGCGAUGAAGGCCACACCCCAGCUCUGUGGUGUCCGAGACGGUGAGGAUGAUGAUGACGUAAUGAGCCUGAAGAGCGUACAGAGUAUGGGGAGCACUUUGGGGUUCACAGCCAUGGUCAAGAGAUACAGAGGCUUAACCAGAAGACAGGCUGCUAAACACAGGCUCCCCUCUGUUUCCGUGGAAGAAGACCUUCAAAGGAGCUGCUUAGUGGUUACAGGUGCUAGCUGCCCAAGAUACUGCACACUUCCACCCAUUUCUAAAACCUCGCUAGCCCAGAGGCAAGGACAGGAGCAUUCCCCCUCUAGAGGCGGCAUCAGGCCUGAUAUAGAGCAAAUCCAUCCCCCUGAAGGGGCUGCGACUGAAAAGGUAGAGGACCAGCUACCUGUCAAUCGAGACGAACAGUGUGGUGAGGGAUCAGGCAGCAGGAAUGGAAGAGGAGAAAGUCUGCACCCAGUUCCCCAGGCUAGGAUCACCUUUCAAAGCCCGGUGGUACAAGGUGUCUUCCCUGACACUCCUGCUGGUAGUCGAGAGGAAGGAAAGGCCGAUGAAGUGAAAAUGCUUCGGCACACAAAAUUCACCACGUCCACCAUAACCUCUUCCAGCCUCAGCUCUCCCAGCAGCCGGGUCGCCAACAAAUCUGGGGGAAGUUCAACAGGUAGGUACUGUGCAAAGCCGUCCAAAGAAAAUAAUCCUGCAUAUCCAGUUAACAGUGCAAAGCUGCAGCCCGGCCAGGGAAACAAGCUGUCAGAUAGUGUUCUGGAGAAAAGUGAAAUCCUGAUGAUAGAGCUGGGAAUUACUUUUCCAAAAAUAGAAAGCAAUUUAAGAUGCCGCAAUCAGAAACACCCUAUGAAGUCUGCGCUGAAGAAAUCGUUUGACUGGAAGGCCUAUUCUCGGAAGAUAAGGUGCAGUGAAGCCAGGGAGCAGGAUGGCGGCACAGCAGAGACCUUAUCAGCGGACAAUUUCCACAGAGACCGUGGCUCUCUACAGACUGCGGCCUCGUGUGCCCGUGGCUUAAAGAAUACCUGCACUGCUUCCUGCAGAGAGCAAGAACUCGGACUGCUUUUCCAGAAAAGCUGUCCGUUACCACAGACGAAUAACCUCCUGGAGCCAUUCUCUGGAUUUCGGCAGUACUUGCAGCGGCAGCUUCUCCGUUCGCCAGAGGUGUAUGGAACUGGCCAGGCCCCAGCAGGGAGAGCGGACAUGGCAGCUGGCCUGCCUGGCCCUGGUGGCGUACCCAUCCAGAGCUAUCGGAGCACCGCUGAGACACAGCUGCUUCAGCCAUCACCCGCCCUAGACCUGCUGACUUCCCGGGGCCCUCUGUCCCAGUCACAGCGCACAGUGGAGCUCUCCAGUUCCCAUGGAGGGAUGCUGCCCAAAAUCACGAUGACCUGCCCCACGCCCUCUCCCAAACCCCCUUUACAAAGAUAGUCUGGACCUCUCUUGUUCAACCAUAGUGAAAAAGAAUGGAAUUGAAUAACAAUCUUUUGUUAUUUCCACUAUGGAAUUCAAUAACUCAUGCAAAAUCACUCCCUGAGGGGUUAAAUGCACCAAAAAAAAACCAACAACAAAAUCCAAGAACUGUGCCUGAUCUCUCUGGCUGGCGGUGGCUUUGUCACUCAGGUCAGUGCAAUGAUAUUUUUUGUCUGUCUCAGCUGCCAUAUUAUUUUGGCUGUGUGUCGAUUCAGACAGGCUUUGCUUUCUCUAUUAUAGCAAAGGUGAACUGGGGUAAAUGCACAAACAAAGGAUAUACAAAAUUUGUAUCCCAGUGAAUGUGAAAGGGAUCAAAGAGUAAUUAUAUAUCACUGUGAGUUUACGCCUUCUGGAUAUGCAAAGAUGUACUGCAGAAGCCGCACAGUAAGAAACAGUUCUUACAGUGUGUUUAUGUAAUGUUAACCUACCUCUCCCUUCACAUUUGCUACAAAGGAAAGUGACUGCGUGACUUUAUAGGAAUUUACUGUGGUAUACAAAAAAUAUUACAUUACAUGCAAAUAUGUAAAAAAGAGCCCAAAUGUACAGUAAAGGAGCGUACAGACUAGAAAAAAAAUUGAAUGUAUAUAUAAUAGAAGCAUGGAAAAAUCACAGGAAAAAUGAUUAUACUAUUCAGAGUUACAUUGAGAUAUUUAUAUAAGGGUUGUUAUCAGAGUUCAGUGCCAGACUGAGUACCUCAUCCACGAAUCACACUAAUAGGAUUGAUCCCUCAGGACAACAAAAUGUGCAGUUUCAAAGGAUAGGCGGGUCCUAGAGGUUACAUUUGAAUGAAAAGGUCAAUUAUGACCACCAAAAGAGCUUUUACAAAUAUCAGAAGGGUCUAUUAUAUGUGCUGACUCAUUUUAAUCUGUCACACCUUCCCCCAGAUGGAGGUCUGGUUUUGAAAACAGCUUUUCUAAUAAGGGCAACACUAGUUUUGACUAGUCUAAGUUUUCCUUCAGAGGUUUUUUUAGAAGCGGUUCUGGUGAUGAAGCAGAGAACUAAACCCAUGCUCUUCUAAACUCAGAAUAUAGGGAGAUAAAGAGUCUAGAUUGACAGCACCUGUGAAAUUUUGUUUUUCUAUAGCACAGCCUUUCUCACUAUGCGACUUCAAUUCUGCGUUAAUCUUUAUCACUCCUGCUUCUGCUUCAUAGCAUAGCGCAUGUAAUAAUAUACAACGCUUCUUAUGCUAAAAAACUAUUGGAAAGUUAAGGAGCUUAUUCUCUGAGUACACUGCUCUAUAUUGUUUCUUUACUGCAUUAAUGUAGAAUGAAGGCAAAGUCACUUUUCUCAUAUAAAAGUGUGUUGGACAAAGCAUUUCCCUCAACUUAUUCCUUUGAUAUACUGACUGUUUGUAAGGGCAGUGAAAAAACUAUGUUUCUGUUAAAGUAAUGUGGAUGUUACCUGCAGUUAUGCAUGUACUUAUAAAAAGUAAAAAGUAGAAAUGAUGUAUUCAGUAAGAUAAAGAGGCUGUCUGAAAAAGGUAGAUGAUGAAGUAACACCUUUGUUUAUUUUCACUUGACAUAUGCACCAUUUUGGAGCAUUAAAGUAUAUGGAUUUUCCAA